AUGAGUGUAACUUGUGGUGGUACUAGACUGGUUUUCAAACCUGUUUGCCUCUGGUAUUUGCCGUUUGUAUACAUUCGAGGGUGGGCUCUUGUUGACUUCCUCUCAGGUCUGAGGCCGAGAUCUGUGAGUGGUGGUUUCUGUACGAGUAGGGCUUCCGGAGUCCUUGAUUCUGGGUCGUUUUUGGGCCACGGUGGUCCUGUUGGAUUGUCUGGUCUGGUUGCUAGCCUGUUCUGUACCUGGGUUCUGGGUCUUUGUAGCUUGAGUUUUGUGCUUAAGCCAGGGAGAAUGAAUACUGUGGGGCACGGUGUUCAUUAUGUAGUUAUGUCUGGCCGAAUGGGUUUUGCUUCCUUGCCGGGUUCUUUCUUGGGGUCCUUGGAAGGCUAUCGUCAGUCCCCUCCUUUUUUUUCUGGUGAAUACCUGAAGAUUCACUGUAUCAAAGCAAAGUUGAACAUAGACAUGAACAUGAACAUGAACAUGAACAUGAACAUGAACAUGAACAUGAACAUGAAAAAAAGGAUAUCAAGCAUUCAAGCAUCUAAACUUUCAAGCACAACAAGCUUAACAUCAAGACUGCAAAAAGGUAUUUGGGAUGUCCGGGUUUAUAUUAUGGACCGAGAACACCAGCAGGAACAAGUAGAGGCCGGCCGCCCUGUGACAGGGCUCGCAAUACUACAACCCUUUAGAGGAUACCAUAGAGAGCUUGUGAGCGUUGAACUUUACCAAAAGGGUUCUUGGUGUGGUAAGCCAAGAUCUGGUAGCUCCUCUGCCAUUCGGUGGUCAAACCCUUUUGUGAUUGACCCCAUCGCUGCAAUUUGGCACAUUGUUUCUGUUGGAAGCUUGGCUGUUUACUGUCGGUGGUCUCGUAUACCUCCUGCUGGUGGUCAAGGUUCAUUCCGCCCGGUCAUCGAAGAACAUUUUGCAGUCCUGAGCCCGUCUCUUCAGAUGAUGUUACCUAUUCCAAGACAAGUUCCUUUACUUAAAAAACAAAUUCUAUCAAUUAAGCCAUAUUUGGCCUUAGCAACUCAAAUAAUAAGGCAAAUUCCGAAGCCUGAAUCCUAUGCAACAAUGACAGCAGUAAGAACCAAAAAAAAGAUUAUAUUCACAAUUAUCUCUCUAUCUCAAGUAGAAACUCAUAGUCUAGCAGAAUCCCUGAAAUGGUCAAGCCACGGUUUGCUUAUAUGUCCAAGUCCAAUUCCAAGUCUUGUCCAAGCCCAAGUCAAAGUCCAAAUGUCCAAAAACUGUCAAAGUACUGUUCUAAUACAUACAAAAGUAGAGGCGAAUUUCUAUCAAAGUCCAAAAUCUGGGCUGUACCUCCAAGUCUCAAGGCCAAGUCGAUUUCCAAGAAGGGGUCCAAUGCAAAAUUCCAAAAGCAAGUUCCAAAAGAAAAACAAAAAACAAAAAACCAAAUCCGAGGCCUAUACUAAGUCCUGUAAAAAAAACGGGCAUAUACUAAGUCCUCCUUUCCAAAAGGAUCAAAAGAAAUCCGAACUUGAGGCAUACACUAAGUCCUCCACUCCAAAAGGAUCAAAUCCAAAACCCGAGGCGUAG